GGGACUACGCGUAAAGUAAAAAACAAUUUGGUCGAUCUGGGCUAAUCGAAGACGACUAGAUUUUCUAAGCAUCCAAGAAAAGUGGGCAAUAAAUUACUCGUGAUUAAAUAGAAAUGGCUUCGCUGGGAAGACUGGUGGUCUCGUCGGGCCGUAAAUACGUUCUUUCGUCGAGCAUCCGAUGUGCCGGAACCAAAGUAACAAUGGGCGACCCGCUAGAACACGCCACCGGUCUCGAAAAACGUGAACUGCUCGCCAAACUGGCCGGUAACGACGAUCCGUAUGACAUGCGCGCGAUCAAACGUGGACCGGCCACCAAAGCCCAACCCUGUAAAAUUCCGUCGGCAUUCGAUGCGAGAAUCAUCGGGUGCAUCUGCGAAGAGGACGCCACCAGCGUUAACUGGAUGUGGUUACACAAGGGCGAGCCGAAGAGAUGCGAAUGCGGACAUUGGUUCACCUUGGUGCACAAAGAUCCCUUAUAAUCACUUCCCAUUUCACUAAUUUAGAUAUUUGUUGUAUAGUAUUAAGAAAUAUACCUAAUACUGAUUGA